UUUCUCUCCUAACAACGCCAGAUCUGCUUUCAAUGAUGAAAGCAUUCAGCAAGAAGUGCACGAAAGUGUUCCGUGAGACCCAUGCCUCAUGGUCUUUCUUUUGUUCAAGUUCACACAUCUCUCGGUCACCUGUCAACGUGACGCCGACAGAACCGUACAUCCAUCGGCUGCCAGUGGAACUUCUACAACAGGUAUUCUUGCUCGUCGUUAACGACGUGUUGGAUUGUCCUAGUAUCUUCUCAUCUGGAUAUGGCACCAUUUCGGUCAACGUCGCCAGCCCUCCCUUAGUCUUAACCAGGGUGUGCCGCCUUUGGAGAGUCGUUGCACAUUCGACGGCGGGAAUCUGGUCGCGCAUCCAGGUCGCGCUCCCCGGGCGAGUUGAAGAAUUAACUCCAUUUCUUCCACAUCUCCUCCAGUGUUGGCUUGUUCGCUCUGGUAGUCUUCCCCUCACACUUCACAUCGUAGAACUUGACACUGGCAAACCGCAGUCGUAUCCCUACCCCACUUGCUUAGAUCACUACUACACUUGGAUGUCAUCAGUGGGAGACUUUCGAAUUCUCGAUAUCCUCAUUUCUGAGAGCAAGCGUUGGGAAACAGUGGUUAUGCCACGCGUGUAUGACCAGAGGUUUAAUUUUGACACACCUCAGUUGAGAUCCUUGGAAUGUCACUUGUCAAACCUCGGCAAAUUCUAUGCACCAAAUCUUUCCUGCCUAUACAUCAAAGAUGGCUUUUGUCGGACCUUCCCAAUCCCUACUUGCAAAGAUCUACGUCAUCUCCACCUCCGGGAUGCUUCCGCGUGCGCUAUAUGCUCCACUAUAGCCGGUUUCUCUCAUCUGGAGACCAUCAGGGUUGAUGAAAUUAUAUUCUCUCGUGAUGUUCCUGCCCCUAGAGCCUGUGAUUCGACGACGCUGGAAUUUAUGACCCUCCCCCUCCCCUCCCCCAUGUCGGAUAACUUUCGGCAAGAGUUCAUCGACGUAUUCAGUCUACUUCAUCUUCCUGUGUUGCAGAAAUUGACUCUGGUGGGGGUACCGAAAAAACGACAAGUUGAUUGUCUUUUGGCGGUGCUGGCAGUCGCAUCUUUCCGGGUGCCAGUGGUCGACUUUCAGACGGACGAACCACUGAGCAAAGUUUAUAUAAACAAGAUUGAACCGUUGCUCUCAAUUGUGGGAGAGGUUUCCUUUUGUGGAAACUUGCUUCAGAUCAACGAGCAUCGAAAUUGGCGAUGAAUGGGAAAACUGAAGUCACGUUUUGACUCAAGAUAAGCAUACAUACACGAAGUACACGCCCAUGAAUUCUACCAUGCCUUGUAGCUUCGCGCCAAGUUUGAGCAAUGUGCAUCCUUGCCUUAAACUAGUUGUUACUUCGAGGUUGAGCCCGCCCACGCCCUCUCAGCCGUUCUACCCAUGCGUGUGUAGGAUGAAUAUUACUUAACAGCAAGAGCAGGUAGCUAAUUCUUGCCAUGGAAGAGCUAUGCUUGAUGAAUCUUGUUGGUGUCUUAUGACUUGUCCGCCUCAGUGGCAGGUCGCCAACCUCGCGAAUCGCCAUCAUGAGUAUUUCAGUU